UGCCUGGAUGCAGUGCAUUUGUCGGUUUUGUUAUUUAAAUAUAUGUGAUCGAAAAUAUUUAAUCAUGGGUGGAUCUUAAAGAUUCAAACGAGAAAUAUGGUUCGGUGUAAAGAUUAUAACUGACGCAUUGCAAAAAAUGGAGGAUUCACAGCGUUCAUUUAUGUUCAAAAUUAUAUUAGCUAUAGGAUUUGGUGUUUUACAUCGUUGGCAUGUUUCUACUAUAUUUGAAAAUGACAGACAUUUCUCUCAUUUAUCACGAUUGGAAAGAGAAAUGUCUUUUAGAACCGAAAUGGGCAUGUAUUACUCUUAUUUUAAGUCAAUUGCAGAGUCUGACAAUUUUUUUGAAGGCUUGCACAAAGUGCACCAUGACAAUCUUUCUGAAUAUCCCAGUGUUAUCAAUGCUGAGAGUAAAUACAAUUUAGGUCCAGAGGUGAAUAUUGGUGUAAUUUAUCACUUAAUGAAGUAUCUGAAUUUAUUACCAGAGACAGUUUGUUGGCAGGUUGAAAGAGGUGCAGGUUUAUCAGUUGUCACAAGUUGCACUGGACUGGGAGAACCAAUAUAUUUCUAUUUAGAAUUUGUGUGGUUGUUUGCUGCUGUUACCGGAGCGACAAUAUUUUUGUAUGGGGCCCAUCUUAGUGGAUCGAUUGGAGGAGGUUUAAUAUCAAUAGCAUCAUUUUUCUUUAAUCACACAGAAUGCACCAGAGUUCAAUGGACACCACCAUUGCGAGAAAGUUUUGCAUAUCCUGCACUUCUUUUUCAAAUGUAUACACUAUCAGAAAUUCUGAAGAAAAGAAAAAGACCACAAAAUAUCACCCUUUAUGCUGACCUAGUUAUGUUAGUAACGUUUUGCUUGCUCAGUUGGCAAUUCUCACAAUUUGUGUUUGUUACCCAAACCAUAGCAAUGCUCAUUCUUAAGUGGCUCAGAAUUAUUGAUAAGAAAAUGUAUUCCUUUUACUGUUCAAUGCAUUUAUUUGCCAUUAUUUUAGCCAUAGUUUUAACUCGAAAUUCAUUUCUUAUCACUUCUGUGCACUUAGCUCUCAUAGUAGUCAGUUUUGGUUUGUCUGAAGUAAGCCAUUUUUUAUCACGCCUGUUUGAUCCAAAGACAAUAACUCUCUUAGAAAUAGCAUUUGUUUUAGUAUUUUGUAAAUUGUGGAAAAUGUUUUUUGUUAACAAAUCUGAUGAUGAGCAUAUUUUCAAUUUACUGCGCUCCAAAAUUUCUUCUUAUAAAGAUUUUCAUACCAUGCUGUACACAUGUUCUCCAGAAUUCGACUUUUUAAAGUACGAAACGUAUGAAGCAUUGGUGAAAACUUUCUUGUUGCAAACAAAUAUUCUUGUUUUUAUUUUAGUACUGUACUAUUGGUAUAGAAAUUUAAAAACUCACGGUUUUCCUGGAUGCAUAGAACCCCAUGUAGCUUACAAUAUAUUACAAUCAGGGGCCUUUACAAUCAUGGCAAUUUUUGUAAUGAGGUUGAAACUAUUUAUGACCCCGCACUUAUGUAUUUUGUCUGGAUUAGUAUGUAGUAAAAGGUAUCUGAUCAAACUAGGAGUCAAAAGACAAGUAAUGGUUGGUGCUUUGAUUGCUAUUCUUUUGGCAACUAUGUCUUACCAUGGUUUUCCUCGAGUGAAACAAGAAAGACAAUUAAUAGGAGAAUACAGUAACAUUGAACAAGAAGAGUUACUAGAAUGGAUAGAUAAGAAAACUCCUUCAAGAGCUGCCUUUGCUGGUAAAAUGUCUUUGAUGGCUAACAUUAUGUUAUCAACCAGAAGACCAGUAGUGAAUAAUCCUUACUACGAAAGUAAAUCCAUGAGAGACAAGACCUUGAACGUAUACGAAAUGUAUAGUAGAAAAAGUGUGUCCGAAGUUCACGAUACAUUGAAAAAAUUGCAAGUUGACUACCUCAUAAUAGACGAGACUCAGUGCUACGGGAUUGGUUAUUGGAAGUCGGGAUGCAAAAUGAUUGAACUGUGGGACUUGAUGGAUCGUGGGGCAUCGCGCGGCGCGGGUAAACUUCCCGUUUGUCCGAUAUUGUAUCGCGGCAAUGCUCAUCCGUUUCGACGAGUUUUUGAAAAUCGUAGUUAUGUAGUGCUACAGCUCAACUAUACCAAAUACUUGGAGUACAAGCCAAAGAAUGUUUUUGUCGCGUGACCGCAAAUUUCGAUUGGAUAAUCGCAGGUUGGAGCGUUGAUCUGUUUUUGUGUAAAAGCAAAGCUAUGCUUGGUGGAUUAUACAAGCGAAUGUUUAAAUUGAGAGAAAAAAUGUAAUAGUAUUGAAGUGGCGUACACGUGUACAAACAAAAAUAAUGUUAUGAUAAUGAUUUAUCGCGGCAAUUUGAAAUUGUCAUGAUUUUUAUUCAUUGUUAUUGCUAGUUCGACUGUUAUUAUUAAGAAUACUAAGAAAAUAAAACGAUUUUUAUAAGUAA